CUCGCGCACUUACGCAUGCGCGCUUUGAGUGCGUGCGCGUGGGGCGGAGAAAGAAAGAUGGCGGCGCUUGGACUCCCCACGCCACUGCAUGGGCACGUGGGCCGCGGCGCCUUCAGCGACGUGUACGAGCCCGCGGAGGACACGUUCCUGCUGCUGGACGCACUCGAGGCGGCGGCGGCCGAGUUCACGGGAGUGGAAAUAUGCCUUGAAGUAGGAUCAGGGUCUGGAGUGGUAUCUGCAUUCCUAGCCUCUAUGAUAGGUCCUCAAGCCUUGUACAUGUGCACUGAUAUCAACCCUGAGGCAGCAGCCUGCACCCUGGAGACAGCCCGCUGUAACAGUGUCCACAUUCAACCAGUAAUUACAGAUUUGGUCAAAGGCUUGCUACCAAGAUUGAAGGGAAACGUUGAUCUUUUGGUGUUUAAUCCUCCCUAUGUAGUGACUCCACCUGAAGAGGUAGGAAGUCACGGAAUAGAGGCAGCCUGGGCUGGUGGCAGAAAUGGUCGAGAAGUCAUGGACAGGUUCUUUCCGCUGGUUCCAGAUCUCCUUUCACCAAGAGGAUUAUUCUAUUUAGUUACCAUUAAAGAAAACAAUCCAGAAGAAAUUCUGAAAACAAUGAAGACGAAAGGUCUACAAGGGACCACUGCACUUUCCAGGCAAGCAGGCCAAGAGCUCCUUUCUAUCCUCAAGUUCACAAGGUCCUCACAUACAGGGGGUGCUCCUUGAAGCUGAAUGCUUUCCGC